AAUCCGGGUCCUCCAGGACCACCGUGGGGUCCUCCCGGUCCUCCAGGACCACCGUGGUGUCCUCCCGGUCCUCCAGGGCCACCGUGGGGUCCUCCAGGUCCUCCAAAGCCUCCAUGAGGUCCGCCGGGACCGCCGGGGCCGCCAUGAGGUCCUCCAUGUCCUCCGGGACCGCCAAUAGAACGGAUAACCUCAGUGUCGGACAGUCCGUUGGCGUGCUGUUGGAAAUUCACAAUCAACCUCAAAGGUCCAGAACCCCUCGAGAUGGGAGCUGUCUGUCCUGGCUGUUGUUUCGGACCCUGUUGUCCGGGUCCUAGAGGAGCGGGUAGUUGGGGCCCACCUCGAGGUGGACCAGGUGGGCCCGGUCGAGGUGGACCGGGUGGCUUCGGAGGACCAGGGGGUCCCAGAGGAGGUGGUCCCGGAGGUGGGGGGCCUGGAGGAGGUCCUCCUGGGCCACCAUGGGGUCCUCCUGGGCCUCCGUGCUCUCCUCCAGGUCCUCCAUGCCCUCCAGGGCCCCCGUGCCCUCCUGGGCCUCCGUGCCCUCCUGGGCCUCCGUGCCCACCGGGACCAUCAUGCGGUCCACCAGGUCCACCAGGUCCACCAUGUGGGGGUCCAGUUGGUUGCACCAUUUUCGUAUUAUCUAAGAAAAAGGGUAGACUCAGUAAAUGGGAGGCUUGUGCUCUUCGGGCUGCUGCAGUGAUCCUGAGCCGGCUGUCACGCCUCGCAGGGAAUCGGCUGGCCCGCCUCCUCCAGGGCCUAAUGGACACGGAGGACCGGAAGGACCGGGAGGCCCAGGAGGCCCACCGAAUUCGGGACCUGAAGGCCCGGGAUGGCGAUGAAAACGGGCCUUUCGGACAUCCGAUUUCCGCUCGGAGUCCAACGGACGAAUUGCGAGUGUGA